AUGCCAUUCCGUUGCAAAUGUGGAAGAACAUUUGAGAAAACAGAUUCGUUUGGGUCCCAUACAUCAGCCUGUCCUCAGUUCCAUAGCCGCCGUUCAUCUGAUACUAGCCCAGGAGCUUACCAGAAACAACCUCAGGAUAGUACCACUGAACCUUCCCAAGUUCAACGAACAUCUUUUCCUUUCAUCGAUUCCAAGAUCCUUCAGUCGCUUGCCUCAAAUUUCCUCUCUCCAACCCUACCCGAAUCAGCCGACUCAUUUGGGACAGGUUCCUUAAAUGCAAAGCAAGAUCAUACAAUAGAAAAAGGUCAACAGGAAACAGCGAUGCCUCAAUUUAUGCCGACUUCCUUGUAUAUUAACAACGCGUUUGAAGGUGUCAGAGGAAGAUCAGCAUCGUAUAACAGUUCAUGGAAAGAGUAA